UGGAGGCAGCUCAGUCCGCACGGCUGGCUGUGGUACCAGGGUUGGUAGUUAAUAUGGAAUAUUUGCACAGAGCGAACUGCCAAAUGCAUUUGCCCCGGCGGAAAAAAGGCGCCCUGUAGUAGCGCAAAUUAGAAAAGCAGUUCAUUUCGCCGUUCUUUAUGGCGUCUGGCUCCGGGGAUGAAGAAGGAAACACGGAAGGCGUUUCAUGGAGACUCAUAGGCCCGGCCUCGGAGCUUUCCAAGAAGCGCUGCCGCCUAAUGCACUCCUCCCUCGGCUACGACUCUGAUGUCUGCCUGUUCUAUGCGAAGGGGGAGUUUUUUGCCAUGGAUGCCCGCUGUUCACACUCCGGCGGUCCACUGUGUGAGGGGGACAUUGAGGAGGCUGAUGGAGUCCUGCAGGUCUUCUGUCCCUGGCAUGACUAUGACUUUGACCUCAGGACUGGAAAGUCAGGGACCUCAUUACAGCAACAAGUGUAUGAAGUCAAACUGGAGGACGGCAACGUGUACGUGAAACACGCCAGUUGUCUCUCCUUACUGCCUUUUCCUGCAGAUCAGAAACGCUGAACAACCUCAGUCCAACUGCUUCAUCCUUCAGCCCUUGGUAAGACCUCAGAUCGCUUGAUUACGGAGCCUCCUGCCUGUUUCGAGGUCACUCAGACUAUUUUUAAGACUUGUUUCACAAAGCCCAGGCCAUCCGAAACAUUCCUAAACCUUAUCUGUCAUUUUCUCAGAGCUGUUUCUGCUUUGAUUGCUGUGAACUCAGGACUAUAUCAAGAAGAUUGUCUGAAGUCUUUGUCUUUCAGAGUUUUUCUUGCUGGCACUCCAGGUAUAGACUCAUCACAGACACUGAGCAUAGAGAGCUGUGAGUUCACUGCAGACCUUGAUAAAACACCAAACAGUGGCAAAUAUGCAAAAUAAUAACACUACAUUUUACUUUUCUCAGCAGAUGUUCUAGAACCAACCAGCAUAUUUGAUUAUUGGCAGUGUAACAGUUAUGUGUCUAUUGAUCAUUUUCUACAUUUUAAGAAAUCCAGAAGAAUAUAUAUUAUAUCAUCUGAUAGAACUAUUACAUAGUGAAUAUAUUUUGUAUUUGUCCAUCUAUUUCAAAAAUCAUAAUUGCUAUUUUGGGAUGAAACAAAGCCUUUGUGUUUCACUGUCUCAUUAGAGGUCAUGGGAAUCGUUAUGAAAUAUGCAAAGUGCAAUGCUAAUCUAGCUAAUUUGUGAAUACAACUGAAAUGGAAAAUAUGGAUAAAAGGAGAGAGCAGUAGAACCUGAAGAGAGCCACCUUGAUGUCCUGAAAAGACCUGCAAAUGCCAAUUAUCACUUUAGGAUGCGGUGUAAUGCGGAGGUCCAAAACUGAGAACCACUGUAUUGGAAUGAGUAAUAAAUGUCUACUUUUAGUAUAAAGCUCCUACUAUUUUCAGUGGAGGACUUUGUAUGUAACCAUGAAAUGAUGAAGUAUAAUGACUAACUAAAGUGUCUCACAUUCAUUACUACUCAUGGUGGUUUUCCCUGUCCUCAGCAAGCAUUACCUUUAGUCUCAAACUGUUUAACUCACAGACAAGAAGUCACACUUGCUGAGUUGUGGCCUUUGGAUUAAUUUAGACACUUAUUCCAGUGAUGUCACGCAACAGAAACUCCCGUUCAGGAUUUGAGUUUCUGGAUUGUUUUUUAACCCAAAUAUAGUUCCAGCAAGUAGAACACACAUGGAGGGCACUGCAAUUACGACUGGUGGCAGCUCUGGUGCUAAGAUGUCUCCAUCAGCAUUUCUCUCCAUUCCUGGCCUGUGCACAUACAGGUUUGUCUGUGACUGACGCAAUGGGAACUAAAAGACAUGGUUAGUAAGGCGCCGGGGGAAGGUUCACAACCUGAAAUGCACCAUUGACUCGAGGAAAAAUGUGUUUUUCUAGCUUUAUGUGUGUGCGCACUGAUGCAAGUGUGUUUUCUUUAUUCCUUAGUGGUGAGAGCAGUCACUCACUAUAUUUUCUGUCAGCUCCGUUUUCGGGCAGACACACAGAGCCCAGUCAAGAAGGUGUCUGUGACAGUGUGGCUCGAUACACUCGUUUUCCUCCCUGCUGUGUCCCCUGUAGUGCAACUUUAUUACAAUAAUAAUUCCUCUGCCUGAAAAUGUGUUAUGUGCUGCAGAGGUCACACUGUGUGCAUUGUAACUCAUCACCUGGAGGGUAAUGGGCGUGCACAAUGGAGAUGUAGCUAUUUUGUGUCAGUAGAAAAGUUAAAGUAAAUAUUGUUCAGGAUUCUGCAGAAGCAAGGAGUGGUCUGCACAUUUUUACAUCUUGACAUAACAUCCUGAAAGUGUCCCAAGACACCAAUGAAACCACCAUUCAUGUCAGACUUUCUCUGUGUUUCCUAUGUUUUUUUUCAUAUGUUAAGCUAAACUAGCUCAUUUUAAUCUGUUUGUUCCUUUUUUGUUUCUUGUGUGAACUAUGUAUCUGGUCUAAAUGUUGAAAAGACUGCAGACACUGUAACGUGUGACAGAAUUCAUUUCAGCUAUUAGUUGUGAGAUGCUUUGUUUGUUUUAGACUGUGUUCAUUGUGACUUAUGCAAAGCUCAAAAUUUUGUAUAUCUGUCAUUAAUUAAUUCACAAAUUAAAUUAUUCUG